UUUCUUCAACCAAUAUGAGAUAUUGGGGUGAUACUAUUAUUAGUGUAAUACCUAGAAGUUUUGUAAGAAUUGAUAUUACUGGAUAUUACAUCGAUUCAAAGAAAGACGACCCCCGAAAAGAAGAAGAAACUCAUAAAUGACAAACGAUCAGCAAGAAGUGUGCUUUGUAAGAUUGAUGAAGAUGAAAGUAGGUUUUGGAAAUGAAAUUUGUAUUCAAGGUUAGAGAUGAAAUCCGGUACCACUAACAAAAGACUGGACUAGAUCCAUAUAUCAUGGAAGAGUCAAGAACAAGACAGAAGAAAAAUUGAAAGUUGAAAGAAGUUCGUCUCAGCAACUGGGAUGAAUCUGAGUCUCCAGAAAAGACGGAACAUCAGGAGUUCAGAAAAGGGAUAUGGGAAGAGGAGAAAUAUUUUUGCCCGUUUUUCCUGAAUCGAAAAUGGGUCAUAAGAUCGCCCUCGUGACAGGAGGUACCGACGACUUUGGUCUGCUUUGUGUGAAGGAAUUGUUGAAAUGUGGAACCAAGGCCAUCAUGAUUGCAGAUAUUGAUGAGAAUGGAGGGAAAGAAGUCAUCUGUAAGCUGAGUAAGGAAUUCGGAGAAAAUAGAGCUGCCUUUAUCAAAACUGAUAUCGCAGAUACCAAAUUGUUGAGGAAUGCGUUCAACUGGACAAGAAAGCACUUCAAAAAUAUCGAUAUUGUCGUCAAUAUUGCCAAGCAAGUGCAUACAGAAUCGUGGGUGGAGCAAGUUGAAAAAAACGUGAAAGGCAUUAUCCGCGGCACACUUCUAGGUUUGGAAUACAUGGGCACCCACAAUGGGGGCAGAGGUGGAGCGGUGCUCAACAUGAUAGCCGCCCCGACGCUGGAUGACAACAAAGAAUGUCCCGUAUUCGUAGGCGCGAGACAUUACAUCAUAGGCUUCGGUCGCGCAAUGUCGAACCAAUAUUACAAGGAUACUGCCGUCAAGGUCGUGACAUUGUGUGCUGUCGAAGAUAAUUUAGAGUCUGCAAAUCGAGAAGGAUUCACCUGGAUGCAACCUAGCCAAUCUUGCGUUAUUAGCAAAAACAGGAACCGUUUGGACCAACAUCUGACCUACUUUGUACAAUUCAUAUUUUUUUAUAUGUCCCCAUAACCAAUAAAAAAUUUCACAAUCAUUA